AUGUCAGAUUUACAAGAUCAAGAACCAAGUAUUGUCAUCAACGGCAAUAUGGAACCUGAAGAAGAGGAACCUUACGAUAUGGAAGAACAAAUGGCCGACGAACUUGAAGAAGAAACCAUUGAAAAGCCAAAGAAGAAAGUCACUUUCGAUAAAUUAGCUGAAGAUGAAGAAGAUGAUGAGGAAAAGAGAAAGAGAGAAUUUGAAGAAGGUGGUGGUUUACCACAACAACCAGAAAACCCAGAUUUUUCCAAGUUAACACCAAUAUCACCAGAAAUUAUCAGUAGACAAGCUACUAUUAACAUUGGUACAAUUGGUCAUGUGGCUCACGGUAAAUCUACCGUCGUUAGAGCUAUUUCAGGUGUUCAAACCGUCCGUUUCAAGGACGAAUUGGAACGUAACAUUACCAUCAAGUUGGGUUAUGCCAAUGCAAAGAUCUAUAAAUGUCAAGAACCAACAUGUCCUGAACCAGACUGUUAUAGAUCAUUUAAAUCUGAUAAGGAGAUCAAUCCAAAGUGUCAAAGACCAGGUUGUCCAGGUCGUUACGAAUUGGUCCGUCACGUUUCAUUUGUGGACUGUCCAGGUCACGAUAUUUUGAUGAGUACCAUGUUGUCAGGUGCUGCCGUUAUGGAUGCAGCACUAUUGUUAAUUGCAGGUAACGAAUCAUGUCCUCAACCACAAACUUCAGAACAUUUGGCUGCUAUAGAAAUUAUGAAGUUGAAACACGUUGUCAUUUUGCAAAACAAAGUGGAUUUGAUGAGAGAAGAAAGUGCUUUAGAACACGAAAAAUCAAUUUUGAAAUUUAUCAGAGGUACUAUUGCAGAUGGUGCCCCAAUAGUUCCAAUUUCUGCACAAUUGAAAUACAAUAUCGAUGCAGUUAACGAAUUUAUCGUUAAGACAAUCCCAGUACCACCAAGAGAUUUUAACAUUUCUCCAAGAUUGAUCGUUAUUCGUUCAUUCGAUGUUAACAAACCAGGUGCUGAAAUUAACGAUUUGAAGGGUGGUGUUGCAGGUGGUUCCAUCUUGAAUGGUGUCUUUAAAUUGGGAGACGAAAUUGAAAUUAGACCUGGUAUUGUGACCAAGGAUGAAAAGGGUAAGAUUCAAUGUAAACCAAUCUUUUCUAACAUUGUUUCUCUUUUCGCUGAACAAAAUGAUUUGAAAUUUGCAGUUCCCGGUGGUUUAAUCGGUGUUGGUACUAAGGUGGAUCCUACUUUGUGUAGAGCUGAUCGUCUAGUGGGUCAAGUUGUUGGUGCAAAGGGUCAUUUACCAAGUAUUUACACAGACAUCGAAAUCAACUAUCUAUUGCUACGUCGUCUGUUAGGUGUUAAAACCGAUGGUUCGAAGAAGGCUAAGGUUAGAAACUUGGAACCUAACGAAGUUCUCAUGGUUAACAUCGGUUCCACUGCUACAGGUGCAAGAGUUGUUGCAGUUAAGGCAGAUAUGGCCAGAUUACAAUUGACUUCACCAGCAUGUACAGAGAUUAACGAAAAGAUUGCCUUAUCUAGACGUAUCGAGAAGCAUUGGCGUCUAAUUGGUUGGGCAACAAUUAAGAGAGGUACUACAUUAGAACCACUUUUCUAA